AUGUCAGUAACACUUGUACGAUUUGGCGGGUUUUCUAAAGUAAAGGUAUAAUUCUACUGACGUGAAUACAUUCAGGCAUGCGGGUUUUCUGGAAUCCGAAAUUCAGUAUAUUUACAAGUCUAACAGUAACAUGUAUAUGAUUGUAUCAGGAAGUAUUGCAAAAUUUAAACAUUGCAAAUAAUUGGGAAGUCUAAACGGUGUGACACGUGGACACAUGCUGUUAAACUAUCAAACUAAUUAAGUGUUUGGACUUUCAAAAUUAUUCUCGAGAUAAAUUUCUGCUGUGAUGCUUUGUCCUAUAGUAUAGUUUCAAAAUUUGGCUUAAUUUUGGUUCAUGAUAUUAAGCUUAUAACUCUCAUUAUUUUCAUAAUAAACUUUCACAAUAAUAUAAGACGUCGCCAACACAAAAUCAUAUUCUUGACUGUUUUCACAUGUAACUUUUUAGUAAUCUGCGCACAAAACAUUUUGUUCAGAAUUCAAGCUUGGCAUUCCCGACACUACUUGCGGCAAUUAGCCAGGGAUCCUUUGCAGCCUUAUAUUAAACUGAGCAAACCGAGAUUUUUUCCCAAUAUACUUCUUCUGCAGAGGCUUGUAUAGUCUUUAUGUGGUGCAUUCCCAAUUAUGUGAGCAUUUCCUAGUAUUCCGAGAAAGUGAAAAUGAAACAUAAACAACUGUCUAUUACCUAUUUGACAAAUAGAUAGCAUUUUGUCUUUAUCUGUUCAGUUAUAGAUACACAGUAUGAUGUUUGUGAUGUUACCGUGAGUGUAUAUCCAAACCGGGCGAUAUACACUCAGAGUAUAUACACUCAGAGUAACAUCACAAACAUCAUAUUCACCUGAGUACACAACACCAACACAGAAAAAAUGAUACACAGUAUAUCACGCAGGCAUGAUCUAUACAAACACAUUCAAACCUUAAUUGAAUUAGCUGCAUAUCUCCCAGAGUUUAUCCCUCUAUGGGCAAUUAAUAAUAUAUUAUCGUACAAUUAGACACAUUCCACAAUUCUCUUUUACAAUAUGGUUACUAUUUUCGUAGUGCAUGGUUUCUAAAGUAGAUGGAUUGUGCCCAAAAUACCAAUACUACGCCCCUCUCAUCAAGCAUAGCCUAUUUUUUAUGUUUAGAACACACCUACAAGCAAUGGUUUAUAAAAUUGAUUGUAUUCCUACACCUACUGUAUUUAUGAACUCUGCUGUUUACUUUAGGUCGAGCUGUCAACGCACACUGGUUUCAUGGGAGGUUUAGACAAGAACCAAUCAACUGGCACUACGGCUGUUUAUUACGCAAAUUCGACUGUUGAAGUUAUGUUUCAUGUGGCAACAAGAAUGCCUGUGUCUUCUGAUGAAGGCGGGUUUAUUAAGAAGGUGCGUGCAGGCAAGAAUAGUCUGUCAAGAUAUGAUGGUCUAGAAUCCCUGCAAAUUUCACAAAGGCACAAAAUAGAAGACUUUUGUUUGAUGUUGAACUGUACCCUUACCGUGCACAAAUCCUUUAUCUCCACUUCAUUAAACAUUAUUCAUCGUCGUUGCACAUUGGACCAAUACAAUGAGGUCAAUCACCGUGACCGUCCAUAAAUUAACAUAAACUCAGACAAAAACAUAACACACUGACUUCUGUUCAGUUUCCAAUUCGCCUUAAUAAAAAAGAUGGCGGCUGUCGAUCUACCCACAAUGCAUUGCAGUCGGAAAUGAUUUAAAACAACAGUUAAACGUUUUUUAAAUAACACACAAAAGACAAGACGUCAGUUAUUCCUAUCUGUUAAAGUUUCAUGUCCUUGUCUGUUUUUCUUGUCACUCUUUUUUUGCUGAUUUAUGCUUGCUGCACGCAAAGGAUUGUAGGUAGAUCGACAUGCCGACAUCUUUUUUAUUAUGGCGAAUUCCAGACCAUCAUAUCUCGAUAGAAAAUGAUGCAAGAAAUUUGUUUUCUAUCUUGAUUAAGGACGGAUUUUCAUUUUCAAGAAGGAGUGGAAACAUUUCUCGUAGGGUGCAAGCGGCACCACUGAGCGAGCUUCAAGGACAUUGGCAAUAAAAAAAUUAGUUUAGUUUAUUUGAAAGAACUCUUAGAACUAUAUAUUAAAUUCUAUUACAGAUUGUUUAUAUCUUGCUUAGUUUUCAAAAUAUUUCGACUGAAAAAAGUGAGCUGUUCGCCAUCUUGGAUUAUUGAGGAUAUGCAUAUUACGUCAAGAGAGGGGUCACGCUAAUUUUUUAUCUUGAGAGUAAGCGAUCAAUAUGGGUCCAAAACUUCGUUUCUGGUUGCUGUCAGAAAUUUAGAAAUGAUUAAAAACAAUUCAAACAAUUUUCGAUUGUUAUUCGGUCAUUUUCGAGUAGUUUUAUAUGGUUAACCCAACUCCUGACGUCAUCAAAACCAUAGUUAAUGAGGUAAAGAAUUUUUCCAAGAUGGCGGAAUGCUCAUUAAUUUCGGUCGAAAUAUUUCGAGAACUAAGCAAGAUAUGACAAAUCGGUAAUAGAGUUUAAUAUAUAAUUUCAAGAGUUCUUUUGAAUGAGACAUACUAAUUUUGUAUUGCCAAUGUCCUUUCAGCGGAGUUGCGCGUUAGGGUUAAUAACAAAAUAGUAGGGGUGAAGCGAAAUUUUGAGUGGGUUGAACACUUUAUAAGAGGGGUUAGCGAGAUUCUAGGGGUGUUGGUUAACCCUCCUAACCCCCCCCCCAGUAAAUCCGCCCAUGACCUUGAUUACUUGUACCAAUGGUAAACUGUUGAAAAGGCGGUUAUUUAGUUUGAGAAAAAAAUGAGGCACAUUGGUUUGUUCGUGUGCCUCACUGUGUGAUCUCGAAACUAGAACUGGAUGGAGAAUCCGCUAUCAUGCACGCAGUGUAUAAAUGCAGCCAAUGGCGGCCAUAUUUCUGUGACCAUCGCAAGUUAGAAGAGAUUCAUAUACUUUGUUUGCAGUGACAUAAUUUUGGGAUUUCAUUUGACGGGCAGGUAUAACAAAAAACGGCUAUUCUGAUGUAUUGAUCGCGUUUACAGACAGUUUAAGGCUCAAAAGAUGAAUUACCGUUCAGCCUUCCUGCUACAACCAUUCUGAUAGGAGAAGAAUCGUCCACAAGUUGUUUGAUUGCCCGUCAUUUGGAUGAAAAGUGACGUGAUUGCAAACAAUUUUGAUAGCACUAGGCGGAUAAAAUUUAAAUUCAUUUUGAUUUUGUUUUGAUUUUCAGUUUUGUUUUCAUUUUGAUUUUCAUUUACUUUAAAUUGUUUUUAAAUUUAAUUUUGUUUUGAAAAAAUAUUGCAUUUUUAAAUGACAUUACAUUAUAUUUUGUUUCAAAUAUUAACAAGAAAAUGAAUGGUAGCGAUCGGCCACCAUAGUAUGGUGUGUCAUCAGCGGCCGGGUUCGAUUCCUGCAAUAUGCAGUUGUCAAUAUUAGAGAUUUUUCUCCGGGUACAUCGCGGUUUUCUCCUGGAUUAAAACCCCGGUCAACCGAGGAUUGACGAGAGUUGAAUGAGUGUUCCAACUCUGAGAUGAGAUGAGAGACUUUAUUUACCGAGGAUAACACCUAACAGUAUUACAAAUGUACUGAUAAACUCGCUCGCUUAAAGUUUGUAAUGUUUCGUACAAAGAAUACAGGCUGCUUUGGUGAAACCAUGCAGACUUGAAAGCAUGCCGAAUUAUGAAAUUAAAAAGCAAAAAGUCGAGAAGGGCCAUUCAAUCUGUAAUAGGCGUACCCUGCGAGCAAAGUCCUCUCAUAUUUCUUCUCGGCAUGGCACGGAGACUUUGGUUAAUGAGAGACUUUAUUUACCGAGUGUAACACCUGACAUUGUUACAAAUGUACUGAUAAACUCGCUCGCAUUUGACCAGGGCUUCUCGACUCUCUUGCACUCUCAUAAACCCUCGUCAACUUUGAGCUGAUUCAAAUUUGAAUUGCAACUGAAGGACUUUGAGGGCAAUUCCGUACUGCAGAAAUUGCUCCCCAGAAUAAUUAGCUGUGUAAAAAUCUGGAAUAACAGUUCAGAAUGUGCUGCCAAUCGGAGUUUCCACUGCGCAUCCAAAUGACGCGUUCUGCGCGGGGCUAAAUUGCAGUAGAACUAUAUAACAUGUAGCUGAGACUGAAAGAAUUAGAACAUGCAUAUCAAAAUAUUCAAUCAUCAUUUGAAUACUGUUCAAUCAUCAUUUAAAUACGCAAAAAGUUGCUUAAAGGACAAUUAGUUUCCGCACGGUAGGCUCGCUUUAAAUGAGAAAAUAUAUUCCCCUUCUAGAGACAAUUCCAACUUUUAAUUUAUGCGCGCAGGGGGUGACGGGAAGUAAGGGAUCAUAUUGCACAUUGCUGAUUAUGCUAAAAAUUUUCAACAAAAACUACCGAAACAACCGACGUAUUUCAAUACUUCAAUAAUAAGUAUAAGCUAUCACUCCAUGUUUACACUGCCACCAUUUUAAUUUUUUCAGCAAUAUGAUACCUUACUUUCCAUCCCCCCCCCCCACCCCUGCACGCAUAAACUAAAAGCUGGAAUUGCCUAUUGUGUACCUUCUUUAUUUUGCUUUACUCAGAAGACAAAAUAUGCUGGUACAAAAAUUAUUAUUAAAAUGGACGGUGAUGAUGAUUGAACAGUUGAAUGCUUUGAUAUGCAUAUUCCGAUUCUUCCGGCCUCAACUGCAUUAUAGAAAUUAUCCUAUUGUUGUUAAGCUCAGGAUUUCAUGCGCCUGGUAUAAAAAAAAAUCAAUUCAAUUGUGUUUACGCACUCACUUGUGUUCAGAAUAGUGCUCAGCCAUUCAAGUUAUAACAAUAGGAUAUUUCUAUAGUGUCACUUUCUUUUUUGGACACCCUGCAGUUCAACUGCAAUUUGUACCCUGCGCAGAACGUGUUAUUUGGAUGCGCAGUCGAAAUUGCUUAUACAGCUAUUAUUAUUUUUUUCGGGGGACACUCAUAUCAUGUUCUAAUUUCUAAGCAAUCUUAAUUUCCGGAAAGUAUUCAUGUUUUUUUCUUGAAGCACAAACUUUCCUGAACAUUGUCUUAAUGGUAUUAUAUUUUCUGCAGGUUCGUCAUCUUGGCAAUGAUGAAAUUUGGAUAGUGUGGUCAGAACACUCGCGAGAUUUUCGUCAUGGUAUAGUGAAUGCUGAGUUUGGCGAUGUCGUGAUUGUCAUCUAUCCCUUACAGAAUCAUCUUUUCAGAAUACAGAUGUUGAAAAAAGGAGAUGUGAGUUCCAUCAUCUUUUUCAUUCUUUUCAUUCCCUUCGAUGAGACUAAGGAAUGUUGGAGUCGAUUGUAGUGUUGUGUAUGAAAUUGUACUCCUUGUUCUAACUCGUAGUUUCAGUAUUAAAUGAAUACCCUUAAAAGCACUUCAUUUAAGGUAAUUCCGCAGUAAUUGUUCCCGAAAUGAGGAUGUGCUGAAACUUCCCAGGCAUGGAGUUUAUGAUAUACUUAAAGUAAAAUCACACAAAAAAGUCGAGGUCACCGAACUCGUUAAGAAGAUAUGACAAACACAAUAUACCACCUUUAUCCCAAUAUGGCGCCAUCUUGACGCUCAUUACGAGUAACAGCAAACUCACAACAGCCCGAUAUUUAUUGACGUUUUUAGCGCGGAUUUUGCUUUAGUAAACCUAUCUUGUAAUUAUUUUUGAGAAAAUAUUGUGUUUUGAGCAAAAUGAAACUGCUAACAUGUACAAUUCUGAGCCACAAAUGUCUUUUGCAUAUUUCUUUACAUAUCUUUCUUUGAGAACAUGCAUUGAUAAAGCAUUUUUUUUUUCAAGAUCCAGAAAUGAUUUUUCUUUUAAUUUCGGAUAUGAAAUGUAAAAUGCAUUAAAGAAAUAAAUUAUUAGUUAAAAAAUGGGGGUCACCGAUCUUUUUAGGGAAUUGUGGCAUUAAAACGUGAAAUACAAGUAAAUAAAUAUACUACAGACACAGGGAACCCUAGCUACACUUUUGUAUGCCUUUUUUGAAAACAUCGAUUUUAACGUAAUUAUUUGCACGAAUGUAACCAAAGAUGUUUUGAAGUAACAUAAAAUUGUCAUAAAAUGAUAUUUUGUUUUAAACGGUACGUAUAAUGGAUGAAAUUAUAAGUUAUAAGAUGUGCGCAGUAAAAGUGCGCAAUGCAAAACUGCGGAAUUACCUUAAAGACUAAAUGUUUAUACCUUGCUUGUACCAGCCCAAGUACACGGCAAUAACCGUAGGAGUACCAGUCAGGUACAACUAAAAAUCUUGAAUUAUCGCACCCUGUUACCUCUCUGUGUAAUAAUUCCCUCUUUUCUCUUUUUCAGAUCCCUUAUUUCGGUCCUUUGUUUGACGGAGCAAUCGUAGAUCGUCGUGUCCUCCCGCCGUUGGUUCGGAUGACGGCUGUGAAUGCAAGUCGUGCUAAGCGAUCCCUGAUCCCUGGCAUGCAGACUUAGUAUCCUUUAGUGUAUAUUAUGUUGUCCUGUAACUCGUAAAAGUUCUGUUUUUACUAUGAGCAUAAAAUAAACUUCACCUCUGGGAAGUUUCAGCAAAUUCUCAUUUCCAGAACAAUUACUGAUGAAUCACCUUAAAACCUUCGAUGUCGUUUGGGUAUUCUAUGCGAAUUCACUGACUAUUGCUAUUUAGGGGUUAUUUGUGAAGAAAGAUUAGUCCUUUUCAGAGGGAAAUAGAGUUUAGUAAUGUAAGCUUUGACUCGUAUACAAAAGUGUAAGUCAUUUUGUUUUCUGCCUUUGCCGUUUUCGGUUGCUAAAAUCACUAUUAUCACCACAUUCCUUAACAUUUCCCCAGCUACGAAGAACGAGCCAGCUGUAUCAGUAACAUAGUCACCCACCACAAAGAAACGACGGUGUUUGAAGAUUUCACAGGACAAGUCUUCUGUCCAGUUCCUAGAAAGACUGAAGAGAACAACCAAGUAUUUUCAAUCUCUAGUCAUCUUAGACAACAGGCCUCCGGUGGGGAGUCUCCUGCUGCAAAACGCGAAGGAUACAGUACCUUGCCUUCUUCCAAAACUAUAGCUAAGACUAUUGCAGGUAAAUGUAUAACUUUGGGGACUUAUUGAGCAUUUAUGUCUACUGCCGGGGUUUUUUUGGAAGAUGAUUGAGUUUUAGUAGAAAAGCACUCCCCCACUUCCAUCAAAACCCUUCACUUCCUCAUAAAAUUAUUGAUUUUGCCUUGUUGACCCCUCAUUUCUCGCAUUAUGUUUCCCUUCGACCUCGCCCUUCAACGUUGACUGUAAUCAUGGCUUGGCCAGCCAAUAGAGAGGUUGGUAGGAGGGCACUUUGCCCCAGGAGGGAGGGGCUACAACGUUAAAAUAAUUUUGGUGGGGAUUAUAGUGUUUCUUCAAAGCUUGUCUCACAAUGCGAGAAAUGUUGUUCUAGGGCUCUAGAAAAUCAAAAUUUCCGCUUGUGUUCGGAAUUUACGUACGAUCUUUCUCAACGGCCAGUUUAUAAUAGUUUAUACCACAUAUCAGUCCUAAGUAUUCUCUAGUUUUAAUCACUUCGCGUAUCUUCAGUUAUAAAAUGUUGUAUUUUGGCUGAUGAGAAAGAUCGUAACUCAAUCUUUACGACCGUUAAUGUUUAUCAAACCCGUGAUAAGAGCUUUAUCUCGUUAUUAAACGAAUCACCCUGGUUAACUGGGCCAGUCCGGCUCCACAUGCACAGCUCCUAGGGUUCCAGUGUAAAAAUAAUCCAUGAUGGAGCCGUACAGUCAAUUUAUUCUAGAUGAUAAAUUAAUCUUUCGUUAUCCAUACUAUUCUGUUCUUCAUAUACAGUUGAAAAAGAGUUGGCAAUAUCAGGGACAUUGUCAUUACCUGAAGGACUUCACAAAGUCGUGCAAAGUGAUAGUACUUUCUCCGCUCCAAAGUUGGGAGGAAAGAAAAUGUCUUUCAGAAGAAAACUCACUCCUUCAACCACCAAGGAAGAAAAUGCUGAAUAAAAACAUCGGUAUAUUUGUAAAUUAUUGUAUAUGAAUGAAUUUAGGACGAAAUUAUUAUCUUUGAAUAGUUAGAUGAUAGUAAUACAAUUGUAAACAAGCAUAUAUAAGUUCAGCUUCUAACACUAUCUGAAUUUGUGUUGGUCAAGUGGAGUCGAAAACUGAUUAUUGUGGGUGUAACCUGGAGUGAAUACUAUCGAGGCCCUCAUAGGGUUUUAGGACUAUGGAUUAUUUGGGAGCUUAUUUAGAGAAUGGAUACGGAUUAUUUAUGCUUAAAUAACAGGAUUAUUGAUUAUUGAAACCGGAUUUUAGGAUUUAGGAUUGUUGACCUAUUUUAUGGGGUAUCUUUGUUUAGAGAAAAAAGAUACGGAUUAUAUUAUUCAUAUGAACCGUAGAAAAUGGAAAGAGCACCUCAAUAUUAGUAAAUUGCAAAGUUUCAAACGGCAUAUUCAUACAAAAUACAUUGAAUUUAAGACUGAAAAUCCUAGUUUGCUCGACAUAUUGUAACGUUUUCCCUAGAAAUUUCCAUAUAAGGUAUUAAAAUUAAUAUUAAUUUUGAGCAUCUCGCACGAUAGAACAAAGUUUUUAAAGACUUUUCACAAAUCUGUAAAUUAUAAAUUCAUUUUCCGAUCAAAUUAACACAGUUUACAUUGUCAGUGUUCGAAAACAAUCAUGCUAUAUAUUAAAAUUAUCCAAUGUUAGAAGUCGUUGGAUGCUAUGAUCGUAAUAUGGUUUUGAGAUUUGAAAUUUUGAGUUCGCUUUGAACGUCUAUCACAACACAAUGUUUCCUUCAAUCGUGUCUGCACUGGGAAGAAAAAAUAUAAUCCGAAAUCGAAGCGUUCGGAAAUCAGAAAAGCUAGAAUAUUUGAGAGAAACGUCGCCAGAUAUUUUUGAAGAAUGUUUUGAAGAUCUUGAG